CUAUAACAUUUCAUUACGAAGUCUUCAACAUGGCAUAUUUGUAUUCAAUUUUUUUUAUAGCCAGUAUUUCUCUUUAUCAUGAUACACAAACUGCGUAGCGAGCAGACGACGCGAAGCAGACCACGGCGUGGGCAGACAUGGUGCACACCGAUUUUCGCUUUGACCUGGUGUUCUUCAAGCGAUUUUAUAAAUUAUGUCGUCGUAUGUUCCCAACUUUCGGCAGCACAUCGGUGUUGAUGACAGUCUUUCUUUUACUUUUAUCUUUCCUAGAGCAAGUUGUAAUCUACAACGUUGGCCUAAUACCUAGCAAAUACUACAAAAUUCUUGGAGAAAAAGACCGUGCUGGUUUCACUUCAAGCACAAUCCUUUUUGUUUUCAUCAUUUUGUCAGAAGCUUUUCUCACCAGUGCCAUCGCCUAUGUUUCAUCGUUGCUCUAUGUAACAUGGCGGGAAGCAUUAUGCAGAGCACUUCAUAAAUCCUACUUUUCCAACUUAAUGUACUACUAUGUAAAUACUGUGGACAAGACAAUUGAUAAUCCCGAUCAGCGAAUUACUCAAGAUGUAGACAUCCUCACACAAACCUUCAGCAAGGUGUUUGUGCCGCUAUUAAUUUCCCCCUUUAAAAUUGGCUACUACAUGUAUCAGGCCUCUCAAGUAACUGGUUACCUGGGACCUGUAAGUGUCAUCAUCUUUUUCAUUGUUUUUACUACUUUAAAUAAGCUUCUGAUGAGCCCAGUUGUCCAGUAUUUUUUUCUGCAAGAGAAAAUGGAAGGUGACUUCAGAUUCAAGCAUAUGCAUUUACGGGUAAAUGCAGAAUCAGCUGCAUUUUAUCAUGCUGCUGCAAUUGAAGAGGACAAAACAAACACAAAGCUGCAUGAUCUUCUUGCCACCCAAAAAAAGCUCAUACGAUGGGAGUUUGUUCUGAAAUUUUGUAUAAGUUCUGCUGAUUACCUUGGUAGCAUUCUCAGUUACAUAGCUAUUGCUUUCCCAAUCUUUUAUGGCCAUUAUGAUGACCUGCCCCCAGCUGACAUGUCUUCACUUAUCAGUAAGAAUGCUUUUGUUUCCAUUUACCUCAUCAACUGUUUCACUACGCUUAUGGAUCAGGCUAGUUCUGUCACAGAUGUUGCUGGCACUGCACAUCGAAUUGGGCAGCUGUUUGAAGUGCUGGCAACACUGACUGAAGACCAGAAGGAACACAGGAAUUCUCUCUGCAGACCUUACUCUGAGUCCUUUCAAGAAGGCAGCAACUCUGUUCGUGAAAUGACAACAAGAUAUGCUUUUGAGAUGGAAGGGGUGACAUACGGACCACCCAAAUCAUCCAUUGUUUGCUGCCGGGGUCUGACACUACAGCUUAAGCCAAACAGCAACAUACUGGUGACAGGUGACAGUGGUUGUGGGAAAACAUCACUGAUUCGCAUAAUCAGUGGUCUCUGGAGGUCAUACCAAGGUUCAGUAAAUCUUGGUGCUGGGCGAAUACCACAGGAGAUAAUGUAUUUACCUCAGAAACCUUACCUGACUAACGGUUCUCUGUGGGAUCAGAUUGUUUUUCCUUCAUCAGAAACUGAAGUUAUUCCAGAUGACUACAAAAUAUAUCAGUAUCUCUCUGCUGUGGGACUUGACCCUCUUGUUGAACGAAUUGGUGGACUGGAUAAGGAUAUGGACUGGAACUGGCAUGAUGAAUUAUCACCUGGUGAGAUGCAAAGAUUGUCUUUUGUAAGACUGUUUUUCCACCAUCCACCUUUUGCAAUCCUCGAUGAGGCCACUAGUCAGGUAAGUGAAGACAUGGAAACAAUCCUUUACCAGACUUGUGCCGAUCUUCACAUCACCUUGCUGAGUGUAGGUCAUCGUAACAGCAUUAGGAGAUUUCACGACUUUGUUUUGCAUAUCAGCAAUGAUGGAGGCUGGACUUUUCAGCCAUUGUCUAAUGAUCAUGAUGGUAGCAGGCCAGAUGGUGGUGGUGGUGGUGAGGGUAGUCAAAGUGGCCAUAGGGAACAGAGAGAUGGAGCUAAAGGUGGUAGAAGAGCUGUCUGAUGAUGUGUGUGAAAGGAAGGAGACUGCAAUCAGAGAACUGAAGUUUGGGAUGCUCUGUUCAGAGUAUACAAUAAUUUACAUAAAAUGGAAAUUCACAGAUGCUCAUGUCAUAAGAUAUAUUUUUUAAUGAAGUGUGUAUUUGGAGAAAUGUACCAAACUUUCAAUAAGUGUAUCUGACAUUUAUAGAAUUCACAUUUCACAUUUAAAUGAGCGCUAAUUUUGUUUAUUUGAUGAUGAGCAAGUUAUUCAGAUCAAAAGACUCCAUAUAGAUGCUCUUGUGGAAGAGGUGCAACAAUAAUAAUUGUCAUGAUUAACAUUUACUUGCCAGUUUGUCCAAGAAGUACAUAUUUUACUUUGAUUUGAUAUUGACAUGUGAAAUCAGACAUUGUAGGAGGAGAUAUAUUAUGUUAGACAUGACGUUUGUAGGUUUUCGGAUCUUAAGAAUUGUUUUUAUACAUAAGAAGUGGGUCUUACCCAUGUACAUUUUUUCCAUACAAUCAUUUUAAAUGGACGGGUUUUAUUGCAUUUUUUUUGUUUUGCUUUUGAGAAAGCAUUUAAAACAGAUUAUAUAUAUAGCGUUUGAUCAGAGUUCAUUGCAUGAAUAGGCCAUAAAUUCCAGUCUUCACAUCUGUAAUAGCUGAUAAGUCAGAAACAAAAUCCCACAAACAUUAGCAGUGGUUACAGUGACCUCCUGCCACGUUUAUCUCAGCCAUUGCCUUUCUCAAAAAGGAUGAGGUUAGAUCAGAGUUUGGUGGCUGCCUUAUGCUAAUUGAACCCUUUAAAUUUCGCACUCCACAAAUUCACAUCACAGUUUCAUGCCACCUUCCCCCCACCCUCCCAACACAAGUUUUAUACAGACCCUAUUCAUAGUUUAACCUCUUAAGAUCAGAGGUCUGACAGCUGCCAUAAUAAAGGAGCAUCAAAACAUUUGACAACAUUGUACAUCUAAAUUGUACAUGAACUCUAAAAUAUUUCUGUUCUCUAAGACUAAUUUUUUACUGUUUUUUACGCCUUCUUUUGUUGCAACAUAUUUUAAAAAAUUAUUAACUGUCAUUGGCUUUGUGAAAUUAGUCUGCUUUUAAGACCAUGGAAUUACACAGUCUCCAUAUAAAAUUAGACAUGGUUAAGACCAUACACUUUUAAAAUGUUUUAUUAACAAUGUGAGUGAAGGAUGCUGUAAUACUUUUGUCAAGUGUAGGUCAUGAUGGAUGAUGAGAUGUGCAUACUUUUCCAUCGAUCAUAUUUAUUUUUGAUAAAUAAUAAAAUGACCAUUUCUUUCAUAAA